AAGGUUCCUGUGAAAGUAAGACAAACACGAACAACGUGUUUAUUGUUGCUUCAUAGUAAUAUUAUAUUUGUAUUACUAAUCAUCCUGAUGGGAACAUAAAUGUUUAUACCAGAUAUCAUGGCAAUCCAUCCAAUAGCUGUCCAGACAUUUCACUUAAAACCACAAACAUGAAUCUCAUGGUGAUGCUAGAGGAAUUGCCAGGGUAUCACCAAAGUCAUUGGGCUUCAUCCUACAAAAUUUAACAACAAUCCAUCCAAUAGUUGUGAUAUUUCAGUGUGAACCAAAGUAGUGGAAGGACAAACCAAAGGACUGACACUAUCAUCCCUAGUCACACUACUAGCACAGCUAGAAAAUAAUAUAAGAUAUGAUAUAUAUUAACAGAGAAUAAAACAAAGCACUGCAUUAAAUAAACAAUUCAUAAAAAAAUAUGUUGGAAUAGACAUAAUCCAGUUAAAGCAAGUACAUUUAAAAACAGAUUAAAACAAGAAUUAAACUAUAUCCCAAUGGUUCAAUACUAUGGGUUCCUAAAAUGUGUUGGAAAUUGUUCCAGAUACUAAGAGCAGUGAAACCAACUGUAUCACCAGUGAUGAAUCUGAGGGCCGAAUUGCGGCUGUCAGCUGUAUUUAUUUUGAUGUAUGGCUUUGUCCAGUGCAUGAACAAAGACUAGUGAAGUGGGUGAAAACAUUUUUUAUUUAUUAUGUAUGUGUGUAAUACAUAAUAAAAUACUUUAUUUAUAUUGCACUGUUCUUCACUGAAGCCAAAAAGUAGGGACAACCCUCUUUAGGAGAUUGGAGAAACUAUUACUGCAUAAUAAAGUUUGUCUCAUGAUAAAAUAUCUCAACCUCAGCUUUAAUGCACCAGGGUGUUUUUACCAUGUGAUCACCGAUUGGUGAUAAGGAACAUUAAUCACACAAACUGUAGUUAUACUAUUGGUAAUUAUAAUAGAUCAGUAAUGUACUCUGUCUCUACAUGCAACGAAUCACAUGCAAGAAUUACCUUUCACAACACACUACAGUGGUAAAAGUGAACUAAAACAUGAGUAAUGAUCUUAUUUUGACUAUCAGAUAUAUGUACAGUACAUUCACUCUUAUUAGACUUGAUUACAGAAUGAGGAAUUUAACUGUAAUCAACCGCUGGCACCAAAACACUAUUAAGUUGACAAAAUAGUGCCACAGGCGGUUUUCAUUUUUUCCACAUCAUGAGCCGCUUUGUUAUGCGCAACAAAUACGAGAUAAGGAAAGAUGAAUAACUUACAGCAAGCGUUUCUGUAUCCAGAGGAUACAAAGGUCAAGAAAAUCUAACUGGUUUAUAGGUGGAACUUUGGUCCUUUGCUUCAGGUGAACUGAAGUCAAACUUCAUUUCUGUUCAGAUCCAAAACGUUGAGCUGACUGUAAAAAGAGACAUCAUGUUCAGGUAAGGAGACUACACUUCUCUUUAAGGGGUUUCUGACUUAGCUCGCAGUGACCUGGUUUUAAUACGGUUUGUUUCUUUGACUUGAACAAGGAUGUGUUGUAAUGUCUGUGACACAUGGGGAUUUGAAAUCUGGACAUUAAUCCUAAAUCUCUUCACUCGUAGGUUUUCUCUAAUAGUCUGUGUUGCUCUGAUAUUUUGCGUCGCAGCGAAGCCAUACAAAUCCUGGAAUAAACUUACAGGUGAAGCUCUCCAGGAUACUGUUAUGUCCAUAGAUGAUAAUGGAAAAAUGUCCUGGGGAGUGGAAGUGGAGCCUCCAGAGACCAUGGAUGAGACUGACUAUGACAUCGACCCUAGCAUGAUGAUUUGGAAGAGUAUGAGAGGCAAGGAACAGGACAAACAGCCCCUGAAGGCUGAAGAAGACUUGGAUGAGCUGCACCAUCCUUCCAUGGCCGAUCUCCUCAGAGUCCAAAUCCAAAACAUGGACGUCCUCUCAGCUGCCGACAUCCAGCCAGGGCCCGCGCAGGAAGAACCCAACAUGAAGUUUAAUGAGGAACCAGAGGAGGAUAGAGAUGACAUCGACCACCCACUUUUCAGUGAGGUGGAAGAGGAACCUGAGCAGAACUGGGAUGAAGUCUACAACAAAGCCUGGGCGGAGCUGGAUAGAUAUCUGGCCCCACUCACGGCUGAAUACAAAGCUGGUGAUAAAGUCCGUGUUGCGCACUCUGAACCAAAGAAGGAUGAAGACGACCUGUAUCAUCAUGACGACCAACCUUCAACUGUGCAGAUGGAGCUGCUGUUGCGUGAGGUCAGGGAGGAUGGUGAGGUCAGAGAGGAUGGUGAGGUCAGAGUUCAACCCCAACCAGAGGAAGACAUGGACGACCUGUACCACAAAGACCUCCAGGUGCUCGUCCCUUACCAAGAUGAUGCUGCAGUUGUCGCGCCCGUUGAUCUGCCGUCUGAGAGGAAGCACAGCGAACCAGAGGAAGAUCUGGAUGAUCUGUACCACCAGUGAUCCACACAACCUGUGUAGAUCCUUAUCAUUUCAGAUCAGACACAGCUCACACACUGUAGCUGCAACAGGGAAAUAAAUCAUGAGCUUCUUUUGACUCAUUUAAACUGUCUUAAAAGUCUGUGUUGUUUAUAUGUAUCUUGCUGAUAAAGACACUA